AUGCCUCAAUCCCCUUCACCUCGGCUGCGUCAUUACAGGACGAUGACAGCAAUAUGUUUCGUAUGCAAUUUGCCGAUUCUGUCCCAUCAAGUGGGUCUGGUGUGGGCCGGAGGAAAUGGUUGGGACGAGCUGACACGCUCCACGCUAGAGGAAUCCACGCUGAGGCAACGCCUCGGCAGCCGCAGGGACUCUGCAGCGCAGGUCUCCUGUUUGUCCCCGCCAGAACCAGAUGUCGCCGAUCAACCACGAGGUGGACCCCGUCGUCGCCGGUCUUCACUGGCUCAACUCACAGAUAUAUUGCGCGAGUGGGGCGGCGGUGGCAGCCAGCCGCGGCGGCAGAGAGCACCUCUAUCUAGACGUGAAACCCUCGCGGACUUGGCGCGCUCCCUGCCAUGGGCCCGCCACGAGCCUCCGCCUCGACGCCGGAGAGACUCCUCGGCGGACUCCGGAAUAAAAUCAAUGGCAUCGAAACGCCGCGAUUCUAAAGCUGCACCCCAAGAUUUUCGAGCAGAUUUUCCACCAUCAUGGGAACGGAAAGAUUCUACAACUAUCGUACCUUCGAGGGACCGCCGCUUUAAGAGACGGAGCUCCGGAGAUGAAAAGGAUCGCAGAGACUCAGUUGAUGGGCAUCGUCACCACAGACGUGACUCCGUGGCAGUACCACCGCCACGUAUUAUAGCAACUCAUAAAAAGCGACGAGCCUCCCCGCCCACGCUCGCCCCGCCAUCCUUUGUGGACGCGUCCUCUGACCCCGGACCGUCAACGCAGCCACCGUCGGUGACGAUAGUCGCCGUUCAUGAACCCAGUCGCUCAGAUGGUGAAUGCCAACCUAUGACGAUGCCGACAAUAAUUACGUCUGCUGUAACCCCAUCGCCGACGUCUCCGACGACUCCCGCCGUCAGCGCUAUGCAAACUACACAAGCUUCUCAGAUUACGCCAUCUACGAGUCAAGGGACUCAGGCCACUCCCAGCGGAAAGUCGCCUCCUAAUAUGGGGGGUCGAAGAGAUUCGACAACGCAAUGUGGACGCGCUCGUAGAGAUUCUAGAGCGGCAGCCAGUCCAGAACGAAGACUGGGUCGUUUGCAAAGGCAGGCGACCGCUUUUGAUGACCCUAUCGGUCCGCCUGGUACCAGGCGUCGUGAUUCAGGUCCUUCUUUGGGUCCCGAUGAUGAAGGUCGCGCAAGGAGAGAUUCUUUGAGCCCCGAUUCGGCAGCGCGGCCUCGUCGGGAACGCAAUCAGCUCAGCCCCGACCGGGCCGGGGGUGGCGAACUGAGCCCGUCUGCAGCCCGACGUCGCAGCCGGCUCCGGCGGCAGGCGUCGUGCGCCCGCAUGGGUCGCGCCCGCAGUCCCGAGUCCAGCUCGUGCUCGAGCCGCGACCCCAGCCCAUGCGCUCGCCCUCCUGAACGAACUAUAUUCCGAAGGCAAUCGACUACGGAGGAAAUAUUAAUAGCUCGCGGCUUCCGCCGACAAUCGACCACCGAGGAAAUGAUUCGUUGCCGCAACUUCAGACGGCAAAGUUCUCAGAGCGACGACGCUUGCAUGCGCGCCCGAGGCCGCCGCGACUCGUCCACUCAGAUACUGGACGGCACCAUCGGCACCAUGACCGUCGAGACUACUAGUACGUUUUUCGAUUCAAGUACACAGACAGAACCGUCUCCACUGUAUGACAACAACCAUUACCACGAGGAAUGUCUUCGUUGCAACUCCUGCGGGCUGAAUCUCACCGGACCAAAUCAGAAACGCGCUCGUCGGUUCAAGAAUCAGAUACUGUGCGACCUGCACUUCGCGGACGUCGCGCUCAUGGAGUGCAGCGACUUUAUGCAACAACUGCGCAGCUUCAAACCACAGUCCCUGGGCUGCGCCGUCGCCCGGCGCAAGUCCUCCACCACACUCAUAUUCCCGUUGCCGCCUCAAGCUUGCUCAGACGAAUUCUGCGAGGAAUACCCGCACAGCCUGAUUCCAACGCCGGGCUACUGGAUCGAGUGCUCGCGACAGAAGAUUGCAACCGACACCAUCUGGGAUGAGUCCGAGUCAGAACACGACAGCCCGGACCAGAACAACGAAUCGGAUCGACGUAGAACAUCAGGUUCUUUAGACGAGGCAGCAGAAGACAGCAGCGACAAUGGCGGCAGCACGCCCAAAAAGAAGACCGCAAUUGAAGAACAAUGGGACAGAUCUGGUGGAUUCGAACUCACAUCUGUAGAACAGGAGACAUACGAGAAGUAUUUUUACGGUACAGAACAUUGGAACUAUUUCACCAAUGACGAGGAUCUCGGACCAGUUAUACUGUCUAUCAAGCAAGAAACGUUGAACUCUCGCGAUCAAUUCAGAAUCUUGGUGCGUGCUAUAAGUUACACGGUGCACGGCCUGAUCCCGGCAUCAUGUGUGUUUGCCGAUCGCUACAACCGCGAGGAGGUAGUGCGCUCGUUAGGCAAGGAGGUCAAUAUCAACCCGCCGCUAAUGCUGGGUCAGCUGCCCGACACGCCAGAAGAACUGCUCAAGCUUGAUCAGGUCUUCAUAAAAUCAGAAUUGAAAGUGGGUGUGAUCUAUGUCAAAGAAAAUCAGUACACUGAAGAAGAAAUAUUGGACAAUAAUGAGAACUCUCCGAUGUUUGAAGAAUUCCUUCAAGUACUAGGAGAAAAAGUUCGCUUAAAAGGUUUUGACAAAUACAAAGGUGGUCUUGACACGGUGCAUGACCUCACAGGCUUAUACUCGGUGUACACGAACUGGCGCGGCAUUGAGAUUAUGUUCCACGUAUCCACGCUGUUGCCAUACGAGCGUCAUGACCCUCAGAAGCUUCAGAGGAAGCGACACAUCGGGAACGAUAUUGUAUGCGUCGUGUUUCUAGAGGCGGACAAUACUGCCUUUUCCCCGGCUUGUAUUAAAAGUCACUUCCUACACACUUUCAUUUUAGUGAGGGUAUCGGCAAAGAUCAAGAGGCGACCGACGCGAUAUGAAGUGUCGGUUGUUACGCGGGACGAGGUCGGCGCCUACAAGCCCUAUUUGUGGGAGCAGAGUGUGUUUGACAAGGGCCCUAUGUUCAGAGAAUGGCUCCUAACAAAGAUCGUGAAUGGUGAGCGCGCGUCGUACUCUGCGCCGAAGUUCGCGCGCAUGCAAGAGCGCACGCGCAGUCAGAUGUUGGAGGACAUCGUCGCCAACCUGCAGAACCAUGCCGAGACCGGCCAAAUACCUAAACCUUACAGGAGAGGAUCAUGGCGUCCAAUAGGUCACAUGCGACCUUCGUCCCCUCUCCUGGAUUCAGUCAGAGACCAGUUCGAGGACUACGAUCAACUAGCGAAGGACUUUACUCGCGUUUUCCUCAACAACGAGCUGAACAUCGCACAGAACGCGCAGCUGUUUGACGUCGUGUUUCUUGUAGGACAGUCAAAGCAGAAGACCAAAUUUAUCGGAGUUCGGGCUAUACUAGGCGUAAGAAGUCGGGUAUUCCAAGAGAUGUUGUACGGCAUUCAGACGGGGUUCGGGUCCCCACAAGUCCCAGUGGCUGAGCUGCUGGCCCGGCCCGCACCCACACUGCUGUCGCCCACACCCGCACGACAGAAGAGCAGCAACUUCUUACAAGUACCAGAUAUUGAGUCACCAAGACCGAAGAGUGUGCCGAGUUCUCCGAUGGUGAAGCGCGCGUUCUCGCGGCUGGGCACAAUCACUGCGGGCUGGGGCCGCUCCAUCCGCAAGCAGCACUCCCAACUCAAUGCUGAUGACAAGAAGAAGUGGGCCAGCUCGCAGGACUGCUCCAAUAAAGAAAGUAAAGAUAAGGAGAAAGAAAAGAAUGCAGCGUUGGCAGUACCAAGACUGUCAGUUUGCGCGGACGCACAAAAAGUUGACCGCGCCAAGCUGGCACAGACUGAGUUUUCAAUCAUAGAAUUCGAUCCGGAAACAUUUCGCAUACUGCUGGACUACUUGCACACGGGUAGCUGCCCCCUGACUUGUGCCUCCAUCCCCGGCCUCAUCUGCGCCGCGGAGCACUACGACCUGCCUGAACUCCUGCAGGCGUGCUUCCAUCAUGCAAAACAGUUCCUUAGGAUAGAAGUCGUUUGUACAAUGUUGAUAUCUUUGGAAAAUUAUUACUGGCGUUAUACUUCAGCAUCUGAACUGGUCAAUAUGAUUCUGGCCUUCAUCGAACAAAGAGCAUACGCUUUAUUCCAAACAUCGGAAUUUCUAAAUCUAUCCGAAUCGAUGGUGCAAAUGAUCAUGUGCCGAAAUCUCGAAGUACCGGAGGUGAGGAAAUUUGAAGCCAUGCUGAGCUGGGCGAGAAACAAGAUCAAAACCAAAUCUGCAAACAAGACUGACGCCAAAAAUGAAUUUAAAACGAUCAUGGAGAGGUUAGCUAGAGACCUAAAACUUUAUAGGAUUUCACCCCAGGAAUUGAUAAAAGUAGUUCUACCGUCGAAGGCGAUAAAGAACGAACGUAUUUUGGAAACUUUGAUGUACCAGGCGAAUUCGGGAAUGUACAGAAUUCAAGACAGUUACAUAGAGGCGUGCCAACAACGCCUGCAGAAACAAGACUCGAGAUUCUCUGAGUUUGAAAGUUUCGACUAUGGAAUUUAAAGCUGUGAGAUAUCAAAGUAUUAGAUGUAUGACAUGAGAUUGGAUCAGGUUCUCCUUAUUACAGUACGUUGACGCGUUCGAAAAGUAUUAUUGUUAUAUAUAUGUACUAAUGUAGAGGUGCGAGAAAUAUUUGUACACUUCUCGGAUACCUAAUCCUUGUUGUUGUUCAUUGAUACCUAUAUAUUUUUUACAUCUAGCUAGACGUGUUCAGUAUAAUCAUCUCUAUUUUUGGUACAGAAAAAUUUGCGAUAAUGUGUACUUAGUCUGGCGGAUGAUUUGUAAACCUGUAGCUGUUUGUACCUUACUGUAUAGUCGCUGUUAUAUUUUGAUCCAAU